CGACCAAAAGCUGAUUUAUGCUGGGAAGUUGCUGCUUGAUCAUCACCACUUGGGAGAGUUGCUGCCAAAGGACGGGGAGUUGCAUGCUCUUCAUUUGGUGUACAACUUCAAGGGUCCUGUGAAUGCGCAAGAAACCGAGGUUAAAGCUGACCAGCCAAAGUUAUCGUCAGAGCCACCUGCGUCCUCCACAAAUGGUGAACGGCUGAGAUGUUCUUCUGGUGGCCAGGCUGCAGCAGAAGCCAGUAGCAGGCUGGAACCGCCGCGGCAUCCCUUCCCAAGCGUGCCUCCCGGCUUCUCUGCUUACACAACCUACAGCAUGCUGCAGAUGUCCUGGUUUCAGCAGAUCUAUGCCAGACAAUACUACAUGCAAUACCUGACUUCUACCGUUGCAUCGGCUGACCCGUCCCAUGCACGACGUUCUCAGGAGAUACCGGUGGCACCGGUGACACCCCCGGCUCCUCUCCCAGACCCGUUUCCUGCACAAAACCAGCCCGGUAACCAGAAUCCUGCUGCCCAGGUUAACGCAGCGGCCAACCCGAACUUGCGGAUGAAUGCCCAAGGGGGACCCCUCAUGGAGGAAGAGGAGGAGGGCGGCAAUCGAGACUGGUUGGACUGGCUCUACUCGGCGACGCUGUUCUAUGUUUUUGUCAACAUUAUCUAUUUCUACUCCAGUGUCAGCAGAUUCCUCCUGGUUAUGGGUGGCACUGUUCUCAUGUAUCUGCACCACGUUGGAUGGCUUCCAUUUAGACGAAGACCAGCUCAGCCCUUCCCAGGCAACGUUCCUCCUCAAGCUGCUGCAAACCAAGACCAGAAUAACAAUUUACAGGGGGGAAAUGCGGGCGGAGCAGAUGAAUCCGCGGAAUCUCCCGACGAGGGACGAGCUCUACAAGACCUGCAGCGGGCUCACCCUUCGCUGAUGAGCACGGCGUGGGUUUUUUUCAAGACUUUCUUUGCAUCGCUCCUCCCAGAAGGGCCCAGAGUGACCCGCAACUGA